CUGGUGAUACUGGCCCAGGGCGAGGUGCGCGGGGAGGGGCACGAUGGCUUCGUGUCCUACCUGGGCAUCCCGUACGCCAGCAUGAACGGGAGCCACGAGCGGUUCAAGAAGGCGGGUCUGGCGCCGCACUGGACGGGAGCGCGCGAGGCGCCAGCGUCGCGGGCGGCGUGCUCGGCGGCCGCCGUGGAGGACUGUCUGCGCCUCGACGUGCACGUGCCCGCGCCCAACACGCCGCGCCCCGACGAGUGGGACUUCUGGCCGGUGCUGGUGUGGGUGCAGAGCGGCGGCGGCGAGUACCACCCGGGGAUGCUGGUCCGGGAGGACAUUAUCGUCGUCAUGGUCAACAUCAGGAAAGGCGCAUUUGGCUUUCUGUGCUUUGGCAACGAGAGGAUCCCAGGCAACGCUGGUGCUAAGGACCUGGUGCUGGCGCUGCGCUGGGUCAAAGACAACAUCGCGGCUUUUAAGGGAUCCUCAGCUAAAGUGGUGGUGGCGGGCCAGGGCUUCGGGGCCGCCAUCGUCGAGGCCGUCAUGAUGUCCCCCAUGGACGACGACCUCAUCCACGGCGUUAUACUGCAGAGCGGGUCCAUCCUCAGCCCCUGGGCUUUCAACUACGACGCAGGAGCCAGAGCCAGAUUUUUAGCCAGCAUGUUCACAGACAGCCAAGACGAAACCGAAAUGGUUAAAAGCCUUCUCAACGCAGACGCAAUAGAACUGAACGACUUUACACGCAAACUGGAUUUACCGUACUUUCCGUUUGGGAUGUGUGUUGAAAGUAUGUUUCAUACGGGUUACGACGACCGUCUUUUGUCAGACGCACCGAAGGAACUUUUGACAAGUAAGAAGAUAGUAGAAGUGCCAACGAUAAUGGGCUACAACACGGACGAGGCGUACAUCUUCCACUCCAACCUGCAAGAAGCGCGGGCCGCUCGGAAGAUGCUGCGGGACCUGUCCUUCCUGCUGCCGGAAGAGCUCCUGUUCGCCAGCGAGCAGGAGGUGGACCAGGUCACCAGGCAGAUUAAAGACCACUACUUCAAGAACAACUUCAGCUUGCAAGCUUUGCUGGACUAUCACAGAGACGUAUACUUCGUCCAGCACGUGUAUAGCAGCGCGGUCCUCCACGAGCGGGCCAAUGAGCAUCCCGUAUACCUGUACCAGUUCUCCCACGGCGGGGCGCGGGGGGUAGCCGAGGACCCUGCGGCAGGGAAGCGCGGCGCCGCGCACGGAGACGAACUCGCCUAUCUGUUCCCCGAGCGUGGGACGCCCUUGCAGGGAGAGGACUCGGUCAUACAGAGCAAGCUUGUCAUGCUUUGGACCAAUUUUGUUAAGUUUCUAAACCCUACCCCCACCGCAGACGCGGGCAAGUGGGAGCCGCUGCGCCCGGACCGCCCCCGGGUGCUCGACAUCGGCCUGGACCUGCACAUGGCGGACUUCCCCUACUCCAGCGCCAUGGCCAUGUGGGAGGAUAUAUAUGACAAGUACUACUUCCGGAGACAAAAGAGCUUGGAGUUUUAGAUUAAAUAUUUACUUGAAUAAAGUAUGUGG